AUCCAAGAUGGCGGCCAGCAGGAGGCUGAUGAAGGAGCUUGAAGAAAUCCGCAAAUGUGGAAUGAAAAACUUCCGUAACAUCCAGAUUGAUGAAGCUAAUUUAUUGACUUGGCAAGGGCUUAUUGUUCCUGGCAACCCUCCAUAUGACAAUGGGACCUUCAGAAUCGAAAUCAACUUUCCAGCAGAGUACCCAUUCAAACCACCGAAGAUCACAUUUAAAACAAAGAUCUAUCACCCGAACAUUGAUGAAAAGGGGCAGGUCUGUCUGCCGGUAAUUAGUGCUGAAAACUGGAAGCCAGCAACCAAAACCGACCAAGUAAUCCGGUCCCUCAUAGCACUGGUGAACGACCCCCAGCCUGAGCGCCCGCUUCGGGCUGACCUAGCUGAAGAAUACUCUAAGGACCGUAAAAAAUUCUGUAAGAACGCUGAAGAGUUUACAAAGAAAUAUGGGGAAAAGCGACCUGUGGACUAAUAUCUGUCACGAUUGAUUCCAGCAAGUGUGAGCAGAGACCCCGAGCAGUGCAUUCAGACACCCCGCAAAGCAGGACUCUGUGGAAAAUUGACACGGGCCACCGCCUGGCGUUCGU